UAGGCCGAGCGGGAGGUCGGGGCUGCGGGCGCUCGCUGGUGGCGGAUCUGGACGCCGCUGCGGUGGCAGGGCUCCGCGGCCGGGGUCGAAUCCAAUCGGGAGCCAUGAGCGUGGACAAGGCCGAGCUAUGCGGGUCUCUGCUCACCUGGUUGCAGACGUUCCAUGUCCCGCCCCCCUGUACCAGCCCCCAGGAACUGAGCAGUGGCCUCGCAGUAGCCUAUGUGCUGAACCAGAUAGACCCUUCCUGGUUCAACGAGGCAUGGCUCCAGGGCAUCUCAGACGACCCAGGUCCCAACCGGAGGUUGAAGGUCAACAAUCUGAAGACAAUCUUACAGAGCCUGGUGGAGUACUCCCAGGAUGUCCUGGGGCAUCCCAUUUUGGAGCAGCACCUUCCAGAUGUAAGCCUUAUUGGCGAGUUCUCCGACCCAGAAGAGCUUGGCAAGCUGCUUCAGCUGGUGCUGGGCUGUGCUAUCAGUUGCGAGAAGAAGCAGGAGCACAUCCAGAGAAUCAUGACGCUAGAGGAAUCAGUUCAGCAUGUGGUGAUGGAAGCCAUCCAGGAGCUCAUGACCAAAGACACCUCUGACUCCCUGUCACCGGAAACAUAUGGGAACUUUGAUAGCCAGUCCCGCAGGUACUACUUCCUGAGUGAGGAGGCUGACGAGGGUGACGAGCUGCGGCAGCGCUGUCUGGACCUGGAGCGGCAGCUGGUACUCCUGUCAGAGGAGAAGCAGAGCCUGGUUCAGGAAAAUGAGGUGCUGAGGGAGCGGGUGGGCCGGUCCGAGGGUGAGGGUGCCACCGGCCUCACCUCCAAGAAGCUGCUGCUGCUGCAGUCCCAGCUGGAGCAGCUGCAGGAAGAGAACUUCAGGCUGGAGAGCGGCAGGGAGGACGAGCGCGUGCGCUGUGCUGAGCUGGAACGGGAGGUCGCCGAGCUGCAGCAGCGGAACCAGGAGCUGACCAGCCUGGCCCAGGAGGCACAGGCCCUGAAGGAUGAGAUGGAUGAACUUCGGCAGUCGUCAGAGCGCGCAGGGCAGCUGGAGGCCACGCUGAGCAGCUGCCGGCGCCGCCUGGGCGAGCUGCGGGAGCUGCGGCGGCAGGUGCGGCAGCUGGAGGAGCGCAACGCCGGCCACGCAGAGCGCACGCGGCAGCUGGAGGAAGAGCUGCGCCGGGCCGGCUCCCUGCGCGCCCAGCUAGAGGCGCAGCGGCGGCAGGUUCAGGAACUGCAGGGCCAGCGGCAGGAGGAGGCCAUGAAGGCCGAGAAAUGGCUAUUCGAGUGCCGCAAUCUGGAGGAAAAGUAUGAGUUGGUGUCAAAGGAGAAGGAGCGGCUGCUGGCAGAGCGGGACUCCCUGCGGGAGGCCAAUGAGGAGCUGCGCUGCGCCCAGUUGCAGCCUCGCGGGCUGAUCCAAGCCGACCCCUCACUGGAUCCCACCUCACCGGCUGUGGAAAACUUAGCAGCCGAGAUCCUACCUGCGGAGCUCAGGGAGACGCUCCUACAGCUUCAGCUGGAGAACAAGCGCCUGUGCCAGCAGGAGGCGGCCGACCGGGAACGGCAGGAGGAGCUGCAGCGCCACCUGGAGGAGGCCAACCGCGCGCGCCACGGCCUGGAGAUGCAGCACCGGCUGAACCAGCAGCAGCUGUCGGAGCUGCGGGCCCAGGUGGAUGACCUGCAGAAGGCCCUGCAGGAGCAGGGGGGCAAGACUGAAGAUUCCAUUUCAACCCUGCUGAAGAGGAAGCUGGAGGAGCAUCUGCAGAAGCUGCAUGAGGCAGAUCUGGAGCUGCAGCGGAAGCGCGAGUACAUCGAGGAGCUAGAGCCCCCUGCCGAUAGCAGCACAGCCCGGCGUAUCGAGGAGCUGCAGCACAACCUGCAGAAGAAGGACGCGGACUUGCGGGCCAUGGAGGAGCGGUACCGCCGCUACGUGGACAAGGCGCGCACAGUCAUACAGACCCUGGAACCCAAGCAGCGGCCACCUGGGGGGGCUCCUCCGGAACUCCACACCCUGAGGACACAGCUCCGAGAGCGGGAUGUCCGCAUCCGGCACCUGGAGCAGAUGGACUUUGAGAAGAGUCGAAGUCAGCGAGAGCAGGAAGAAAAGCUGCUCAUCAGUGCCUGGUAUAAUAUGGGCAUGGCUCUGCAGCAGCGAGCUGGGGAAGAGCGGGCACCUGCCCAUGCCCAGUCAUUCCUGGCACAGCAGCGGCUGGCCACCAACGCUCGCCGCGGACCCCUGGGACGCCUAGCACCCCCGAACAUGCGCCCCACUGACAAGCAUUGAUGGAUCUCAGGAUCCUGCCACCUGUCCAGCCAAUCAGGGCUUAAUCCACCCUGGAUUCCCCUGACUCACAUGGGGCCCAGCAUUAUGCCUCAGCCAGUUGCUUGAGAGCCUUGAAGUCAUAAUCUCUGCCCUUUUCUCUCCCAGGUGGGACGAGAGUUCAGGAUGAGGCGGGAGGCAGGAAUGGGCCUAUUCUUUUUAGCAAUGUGAUUCUUAUUCUUGAUUUUAGUGAGCUGCCAGGGGAGAGAGUGAUUUUAUAUUUGAGAAGAGAGAUAAUAAAGACUUUCAAUCUGA